AUGCCGCACGCAUAUUCGGGACCGGCGGCGAUGCCCUCCGCACCGUCCGAUCCCGCCGACGAUACCACCAGCAGCGGCGACUUGGGUCGCGCAGAGAUUAAAGACAGCCCGCGUCAUCAUGACGUCACCAACAUACCUCCGCGACCAUCUCCUUCCAACGGCCGUCGCCACCCGCCAGACGUUCUCCAUCUGCACUUACCGAGUCCGCGAUCCGGACCUGCUUCUAACGCCAAACGGGGCCAGUACAGCCGUUCGAUCUCCAUGGGCGCCGGGAUGGCGAGAGCCGUUGGAUCUGUCACGAGCCAUCAUCAAGUGGACAAUAACGAUAUCUACGCCUUCUGCCCGCUCGCGACUUCCGCGGGAGGCAUCCCCACGCCGCGCUCCCAGAGAUUAAGCGAGUCAGGCCUCCCCGGAUCGCGCUCGUUCUCGUCUACGAUUGGUAUUCCGGCGGCGCGGCCUACCGUGGAGCCUCUUAAACUCGGGCCGCUUAUUUCCGCGGUUGCUUGCGGUAACGAGGAGGAGAUCCGCGACGCGGUUUACUGUGUCAGGAGAGCACUCAAGGGCUGCCCGGAAAACAAAGAAAGGCUGAUCCGAUCAGGAGGAAUACCUUUUCUGGUCAGUCUUAUGAAAGUUCCUGAUCCCCUCACAGUGGAGCAUGCAGUCACAGCGAUUUUCAACAUCUGCCGGAUGGAAGCCGGGCAAAAGGAAAUUUUCUCCGAGGGGGGGCUGGAGUCUCUUGUGGACGUCCUCCGGGCAGCAGAAAACAACGAAGCUGCCCGGGAAAACGCGGCGGCGGCGAUUUUCUGCCUGGCGAACACAGAGGAACGAAAGCAGCUGGUUACUGAGAGAGGAGCGUUACCACCGCUGGUGGGGUUGCUGCAGACUAGUAGUGUGAGAGGGCAAAGAGAUGCUAUUCUGACCAUCUGGAGUCUGGUUAGGUGGCUCUGUGCGUGCUCUCUUUAUGGCUUCCCGGGUGACACAGCAGCGGGUGAUGCGGGGUGUCAUAGUGAGGCAACAGCAGCAAGAGCCGGAGCAGGAGCAGGAGCAUCAGUAGCAGCAGCAGAAGUAGGAGCAGGAGGAGCAGGGGAAGGGGAGGAGGAGAGAAGCAGUGAUGCCACAGAGGCAGCAGAUGGUUCAGGAGGCAGCAGGGGGGGCAGCAGAGGGGACAGUGGGAAGGAGAGCAAGGAGGUUAAUAAGGAGCGGGAAGAGCAGGAUGAAGAGGAAUCCGAACCUGUGAGAAAAUCCGUCACUGUCGCUGAUUUCAUCGCCACUGGUGCAGUGCCUGUUCUCAUCGGGCUCUUACAGUCGUCGGAUCAAGGGCUGGAGGAGCGAUCAAUGGCCAUCCUUUCUCUCCUCUCCAAGUUCCCCGAAGGCCGGCGGGCCAUCUGGGAAGCAAAUGGCGUGGAGGGGGUUUGUGACGUGCUGGAGAUGUCGUCUCAGAGGGCAAAGGAGGAGGCAGUGGCAACGCUGCUACGAAUGGCUGGGAGUGACACGGCGGUUAAGGCGGUUUUGGUUAGGGAAGGGGUGAUCCCUGCGCUGUAUAAGAUUCAUAAGGAGAGCGAGGGCAAUGCAGGGGUGAAGGCUAAGACUCUGCUUGACAUGCUGCGGACCACCUGGAAGUAA